AUGGGUACAAAAAUUGUCAUGGACAAUCGCUUAUUUUUGGCCUUUGUGAAGGCUCAGAAGACCAAGGCUUACUUCAAGAGGUUCCAGGUCAAGUACAAGAGAAGAAGAGAAAAUAGAAAAGUUGAUGAGAUUCAUGGUCUGACUAACAAGGAUAUCAUUGCACAAAUAGUAUCAGCCAGUAUUAUCGGUGAUUCAGUUCUUGCUUCAGCAUAUGCCCAUGAGUUACCUAUCUAUGGGCUUGAAGUAGGUCUUACAAACUAUGCUGCAGAAAUGGGUAUUUUUCGUCUUGCACUUGUUUCUGGGUUUCUGUUUGUUUUCCGAGAAAAUGGGCCUUUUGGUUCAAAGCUCUCUAAUCAGCCAGAACCUCUUCUUCGCUCAAAGCUCUCAUACAUUUUCUCAGAACAGCAAAAGCCGUGA